AUGCAGCAGGAAGCACUCCAAGGGUUCGGUAGCCCGCGGAUCUGUACGGACAAUCCGCGACGCUCCCCAUCACAACCUUUGUCUCCACGGUCCUCCUCGAGGGCAAAGACUAGAACCAGAAAUGCUAUUGCUUGUGAUACUUGCCGAUCGAGGCGGACGAAAUGUGAUAGCCGAAGACCAUCAUGCUCAUACUGUCGGUCUCGUGGCAUCGACUGCCACUACCAACCGGCCGUAGAAGCUCCCGCAUCUAGAUUUGAAGUUGAGCUAGCUGCAAUCAAUCAACGCCUUGAUCACCUAACCAAUCUCCUCUCGUCGAGCCCCUCGCACAGCUAUCCACAUGCAAGUCAUGGCUCGGCGAAUUCGGAUGACACAAGAGAACAGUUCAGUGACCAAGAAAAUACCCCUUUUAAACUGCUUAGUACACGACGUAUGAUGGGUGUCUUGGGCCUCGAGGAGGACAUUGCUGAUGAGCUUGUCCGGAUGGAAAGGAAGCCCUUGGCCUUGAACAACCCUGGCUCCUCUCGACUGUACAUUGUCCAACACCAGCAAGCUGUCUGCGCCCUGGCGGCCUUCUCCGAGCACAUCCACAUCUGGUAUCCAAUACUAGGAACAGGAUUCUCCGAACAGUACUUUCGCAUUAUAUCGGGACCGUUAAUACCUUCUCCAGAGUCAUGUCUUGUCCUGCUGGUGGCUGCAAUUGGGCUUUUGGCCCAAGAAACUGUUCAAAACAGUGGGCUAAACGGACGCGCCGACAGCUCAUACUUCGAGGCUGCAUUGGCAUCUUUACCAACGGUCAUCUCGGACUGCGGGUUAACGAGCGUUCAGUGCUUAGUGCUGUUCAGUAUCUACUACUGCUGCCGUCUCAGACCAUGUCAAGCGCAUGACUACAGCCUCAUUGCGUCUUUCAAGGUACAGAAUUUACUAAAAGGCUUUGACAGCAUAGAGCGGGAAGAUUCUGAGACCCGAGCACAGGCAAUACGAGCUUAUUGGGCUGUUUUAUUGCUAGAAAGUGAGUUGUGCGCCCAGUUUGAUCUUGCAAAAAGCGGAAUCUGGAGCCUGGAUGAACAUGUUGGACUCCCAGAUUGCCGUAACACGUGGCAAUUUGACAUCGAUGCCGGAUCCCCCCUGGCAGCAAUAUCACCUGCAAGUGUGCCAUCAACUACCAGUGCCAGCACGGACAAAGUUCAAUCGUAUUUUCUUGCGGAGACCUCUAUGAGACGCAUGUUACAUCGAUGCAACACUGCAAUUAAACGGAAUAUAAAUGGGAAAAUAAUUUAUGCGCCUGGGAUUGCGCUAGAGCUAGAAUUGCAACUAGAUGAAUGGUACAACUACUUGCCGGAAGUGGUUCGUUUCCACACUUACCUCAACCCAACGACUCUGGAAGUUCCGCCAGUGUGUCCGCUAAGCAACUUCCUGCGCGUGCAAUACUACUGCUGCAAGACUGCAAUUUACUGGCCAGCAGUAUACCAGGCGAUAGAAGACGGAGCCGCGAAUGGACAACUCCUUGAUCAUUGUCGAAGGUUCUUUGACUCGUAUAUUCAACUAAUGCCGAGCAUUAUCGCCGCCUUCCAAGGGUGCAUCGUAAAUAGAUGGACACUAUUUGCAAGUAUUUUCAUGAACUCCAUGGCGACGAUGAAAGCUGUCAGUACAACCUGUUUGGCCGCCAUUGGUUCCCCACAACUGUACCAGUGUUUCGCCUCGGUAAGGAAUGUUGACCAACGCAUCAUUGAGAUGAGUCCAUCUUUAGCCUUGCUAAGAAACGCUAUGGAGAAGAAACUUGCAGUCGGAUAA